AUGAGUCAACAAUCAAAUGAGAAGAGCUUGAUUCAACAGCCAACAGGAGCAGUACCCAAUAUUGAAGAUACUCCCUCAGUGUCGGUCAUUCAACAACACAAUGCUCUGAAUAUGAUGAAGCAACAGGCUCUUCAAAAACUGAAUAGAGCAGGUGGAAGUCUUCAAAACAUGAAUCCUAUUUCACCGUAUCCGUGGAAUCAAUCUAAUUCAAUGAUGAUGAGACAACAGUCUACAGGUUUAGAACAAGCGCUGCUCAAAUCAAUUGAAAUGAUGACUGCUCAAUCAGCUUUUUUUGCUCCAAUGGCUCAGACAGCAAUGAAUUUAAAUCUAAUGAUGAUCAAACUACACGAAGAGAGUCGAGAGGAACGUAAAAGAAUUGAAGAGGGCCAUAGAGCAGAAAGACAAAAGGCUGAUGAGAGACAUUACGAACACAUUUCUAAUUUCGUUGCUCAAUUCACUAAAGUUGUAUCAUCUCUUCAAAAUCAAAAUGGUUCAAUUAUCCAAAGUGGAGAAUCUCAGAUUAAUAAUGCAACAUCAUCUGAACAAACUAAAUCAAAAACUCAGUCGCCUCCGCCUUCUUUGAAACGAACGUCUUCUUCAUCUAAUUCAAAAAGAUCAAAAUCCCCACCAGCCAAGAAGAUAUCUUUGGACCGAUCUCGUAUUGCAGAAAAGACCGGAAUUCCGGUCUCUCCUGGAUCUCGAUCUGAAAAUUCUGAACAAAAUUUGGAGAGUAAACGUAGCCAUCCAAAGUAUUAG